GGCUGAGGGGGUAAAAGGAAGGGGCCUGAGGCUGUUAGGAAUUCUGGGAGUUGAAGUCCAAAACACCUGGAGGGCCAAAGUUUACCCAUGCUUGAUCUACAUUGAGUUCUGGAGUUUUAUUAACAUUUGACAGCAAAGCCUAUUGAUAAAAAUGGCUUCUUUCACCGUCAGCGGUUAGGCUCCUUAUUCUCUUGAAGGUGAUACAAGAUUAACCUCUUAAGUAACUCUGAUAAUCCGCUUUGGAAAAGUGAACCCUGCGUUGUGCUGACUUCCUGUGUAAACACGCAAAAAAACAUUAUAAGCAGAUCGUCAACAAGGCUCCUCUGCCUUCUGCCCAACAAGUCGCUGGAUGGUUCUUUUCUAAGAGUGCGAUAUAACAAGCGAAAUCAUGAAUUGCCUGGAAGACAUCCCUUUCCGAAUGACCAUCGAUUUUGUCGAUGCUUCCAUGGGCGAGGAGAACUUUGUGUCUGCGCCGGAAUUCAAGAUGCCCAACUGUGUAGACAUCCUAAUGUGCACAAUGCACGAUUUCUCCCUUGAGAAGAAAGUUCUCUACUGGAUAGAUUCUGCCUCUCGGGAAGACAUUCCCUGGUAUCAAGUGACCACUGACGUGGUCCCAACAGCUCCUCCAUGUUGGUUGCUCCUGGUGGACUCGAAAGAGAACUUGGCCAAUGGCAACGAAGUGGCCGACAGCAAAGUCAAGGACAUAACACCGGUCCAGAGGUGUGUGAGGUUGGUCACAGCAGCCGAGACCUUUAGCUGUGCCAGGAACAAAAACCAAGGGAAGGAGGACCUCCGUUCUGAGGAGCAGUCAGAUAAAGAAGAGUCUUCCUCAACAAACUGUGCCGAAAGCGAUGGAGAAGAGGGGCCUUCAUCCGACAAGGCCGAUGGCGUUCCCAGCACCUUGCCUCGGUUCCUAAGCCUUCCACAAUGCAGACCGAAUACCUCCCCAGGGCCCAUGGAGACCCCGACAGAGAGCACUUGCUCAAAGCCUCCUCCGCUAAAACAGAGACGCUCCAUGUUUUUGUUCAGCAGCAUGAAGAACGAGUUGGAAGGAGCCAAGAAGAAGCUGGCUGCCUUCAUGCAUCCUCUGAACCAGACCUCGACGGAGCCCACCUUGGCCUCCAGGGCUUUCUCCCUCCACCAGCGCUCCCGGAGCAGCAGGAGCCUCAGAUAUGGGACUUCCUCUGACUUAUCCCUGGUGGGGACCCUGACUCCCACGCCACCAUCAACCCCACACUGUGACUCAAGGCCCCUGACAGCCACAGGAGGGGUCCCUCCGAUCCAAAGGCACAAGCCCACAGUCCCGUCCCUCAGCCCAUAUUCCUGCCUUCCUGGGGUCCAACGGGUCCCCGUUUCCGAGAAAGAUCAACCCGAUUCCACGUCGGACUUGCUUUCGGCUUUGAGCCAAGAGGAGCGGGACCUCAUUGAGCCGGUGUUAGCCUUGGGCUACCCCAUACGCCGGGCCAUCCUUGCUCUCCAAAAGACCGGGAGCCAAAGUUUGGGGCAGUUUCUCAGCUACCUCAGCGCCUGUGACAAACUCCUGAAGCAAGGCUAUGAAGAGGCCCAGGUGGAGGAAGCCAUGGAGAUGUUCCAGAACUCAGAGAAGAAGGCGUCAGAAUUCCUUCACCUGCUGGCACAGUUCAACGACAUGGGCUUCCAGCAAGCCGACAUCAAGGAAGUCCUCCUUUUGUGCGAAAACCAUCGAGACCUUGCUCUGGAAGAACUCAUGGCCCGAACCCAGUAAAUGCUGCUUUUUUGUGUGUGUCAUGGACCAAACGCAUUCAGUAUUUUGCCAGUUCUAAGCAGUAGAUGCCAUAUGCGGUUUUUCAAGGCAUGCUUCCAAGUGCCGACUGCAAACUUACAGUGCAUCUACACCAGGCAUGGGCAAACUUCGGCCCUCCAGAUGUUUUGGAC